GCCUUUAGUUCCUUGGCGUCUGAGAGGAGAAACAUGUAUCGAUUCCGUUCACGGGCAUCCACGGGGAUUUCUGCCGCUGCUACAGCUUUGCCUAUCGCCUGCUUUCCUCAAUCGCAUCCGCUGCCUCGGUCCGGGAAGCCGGCCUCACAGAGACGUUUCUAUAAUAAAAAGCGCUCCUGCUCUUCCAUCGGCUGAUUGUCAGCGCUGCCCGGGCGAGGGGGAGAAACAAAAGCCAGGCCGACGAGAACCCCAGAGAGGGAGCACCGGGAAGGAGCCGCGCGCGAAGCCGUCGCCGCUACAAGGCCGCUGCCAUGCCCAAGUCCAAGCGGCGGGGAGGGGGUCACCCGCGCGGAACGUCAGGUGAGGGAGCCGGCGCGCAUGCGCCCCCGCCGCGGGGCGUAAUGGGGGCUGUAGUUCUCUGCUUGGCUUCCCCCCACGGGUGGCGGGAAGCGAGCUUCUUGUUCUCUGUUAAGGUUGCCACCUGGCCUGUAUUUCAGGUCCUCUCUCUCUGCCAGGUUAGGGAUCCCCUCCAAAUAGAUGUGUUUGAAAGGUCAUGUGUUUAUGGUCUCGGUAGCCAAGCACAGACAGAUUUACUACUAUUUCUACUACUACUACUAAUAAUAAAUUAAUUUAUUUUUUAUACCCUGCCCGUUUCCCCAGACUCUCUGGGCGGUUUCCAGCACUUUAUAAUAAAAUAUCAAACACUAAGAACUUCCUGAUACAGGGCUACCUUCAGAUGCCAUCUAAAAGUCAGAUAGAUGCUUAUUUCCUUGACAUCUGUUGGGAGGGUGAUCCACAGGGAGGGUGCCACUAUCGAGAAGAACUUCUGCCUGGUUCCCAGUAACCUCACUUCUCGCAGUGAGGGAGCCGCCAGAAGACUCAGAAGGCUGAAUGAUGGGGUUGGAGAUGCUCCUUCAGGUAUAUCGGGCCAAGAUGAAAUCGAGACAGAGAACAACUUAUGUAAAUGUAUUUGUGGACACUGAAAGGCUUUAAAUGGGAGGACAAGUCUCCAAUCAUUUUGGUAUUUGCUAUGGACAGCUUUAGAUUUUGUGGUGAAGCAAUAAAUAAAACUAUGUGGUUAUGUUCCUUCAGGCCUCUAUCCUAAACAAAUGCUCACAAAGAUUGAGCAAUCGGACCCAUAUUGUGUGCUUGAUGGGAAAAGAUUCAAAAUGCAAUAUAAAUUGUAAAGGCACAGAUUAAUAAUACAACUUGCUGCUCAAAUCUAAUCUGUUUAGCUUUGUUUCAUAUGCAGUGAUAUAUUUCAGUCUUAGGUACCAUUUAAAUUAUACACAGAAAUAAACUCUUCGGUUCUCCUGGUAAUCUGAAAAUACCUGCAAGGCUGUGACAGGUAUCAUCUAAUAGGUCUAAAAGCAGCAAGGUGUUGCUCAUUGCUCAAAAUAAAAAGAUGAGAACUAGGCAUCUUGGAAGACGAUUAGUCACUAGACAUUUAUGCAACCUCAGUGAUGUAAUUAUGUGUUGUUGCUGUUGAUAAAAUUAACAUGUGAGGCCAGUGUGGUAAGUAUACAGCAAUUCUAACCCAGUGAAAUUGGCUAGAUAUUGCUUGACCCCCCGCCCCAAGAGUUGAGAAUUCUGAUGCUUUCUGUUUAUUCUACCUGAGUUUGAUACUGUGACUUAAAAACUUUAUAAAAAUAUCUAUAUUUAGUGGUUUUUUAGUGGUGCCCCAUAGUAAUAGUUGUGAUUGGGCCUGCAAAUGAAGUUGAAGAGAGAAAUGCAACAUGCAUAAUAGGGUAGUCUUUUAAACUGCUCCUGCCACAUUUGUAUACUUGCUGUGUGUUGGACUGCAUGCCUCCCAUUUUGUUUUAGUAAAAGUUUACUUCUAUGCCAACAAGGCUGUUCUUUGGCCAGAGAAAUUCUGCCGGGUACCAUGUUGCAAAUGGUUGACAGCAGAGGAAUGUUACACUUUGUUUAAUGUGCAGAUACUGGGAGGUUAAAAGAACUUAGGCAGUUAAGAAUAGAUGAUAGCAGAAUAGUUUGAAAACAGGCUGCCACGCAUAUACGGUAAGACAGAACUAUGGCUUGUUGAAAUAAUUUGUCUUUGAGAUAUAGCUGUCAGUUGGUCUUCCUUCCCAGCACAUAAUUCUGUCUGCAGUGGACCCCUACUUCUAGGGUUUAGAAAUAGAAAAUUGGCAGUAUAUUGGUCUUGAUGGCGUAGACAUUCCAGAGUAUUAUCCUGUGUUAAUGUUGACUGCUCCAAAUGCUUUUCCUAGGUGCCCAGCACAGAAAUAUGCAGUCUUUUAGUGAUGAAGAUGCAUCAAUUGAAACUAUGAGUCACUGCAGUGGCUUCAGUGAUCCUUCCAGCAUCACUGAGGAUGGUAUGUUAACCUUUGUGUCUUAUUAGGAAACUACUGCAGACAUGAAAUGCUUAUUACAUUUGGAAAGAGUUUGGUUUGGAUUGAAUGUGGUAUAUUUUAUUUCGAAAUGCUACUUUAUUUAAAAGCACCCAACCCUCAAGAUAACUUGGGGGGGGGGGUCUAAUUUGUAGCUCCUUUAUGAAACUAAGGCAAGUCAAAGAAUUUAUGUUUCAUAUAUUUGUGUUACACGUUCACAUUAUUAUCUGGAGUAGACUAGUCAUUGAGUGAAGCAAGUUUUGCUUACUACAAGGUAAUUGUUGUGUUGAGUACUCACAAAGCCCCCUUUCUGAAAGAGUAUACAGUGGACCCUCUAGUUACGUACCGCUCUGGAUACAUAACUUUUGGGUUUUGCCACAUGCGCAGAAGCAGCGUUUCUGCCUACGGACUUUUCAAGUUGCAGAGGGACUCCCGGAAUGAAUUUGAUUCGUAUCCGGAGGGUCCACUGUACAAGUAGAAACUCUAGGGGGGUUAUUUGUCCAGAUUAUUCUCCCCCUCCACAAAUGAAUAAAUGUUUUUACAUGGCAUCAAAACACCUUUAGUAAUGGGGCCAGUUCCUAAACCUGGCUGCCAUAGUGGAGGUCCAGCCCCAUCUACCUGCCAACUCCACUAUUGCCCAGCAGUGGAACACAGAGCAGAUCAAGUAUGAAUGAAUUGAUUUAUUACGGGGUCAGACCAGAAAUACACAGAGCAGAUCCUCCACUGAAGGCUUGGUGGCCAGGCAGAAGUGGAGGAGACCUUACAUGGAUUAAAUCAGAUAUGUAUAAUUUCCACAAGACUCUGAAGACUCAUUCUGUGAGGCUAGGUUUAUUAAUUGUAAUCGUACUGUCUUGUCACAUAUGUGUAGGGCCUGAAGUUGAUGAGGAAGCAACGCAAGAAGAUUUGGAGUACAAGCUGAAGGGAUUAAUUGACCUCACGUUGGACAAGAGGUAUGGGAGGUCUGAGAAGUAAAAGCUUAAAUUAGCCAUCUGGAUGUUUGUUCUCCGGAUGUUUAGGGCUCCUGUCCCAUCAUCCUUGAGCACUGUCUGGGGUUGGUGGGCAAAUUAAGAGUCUAGCACCAUCUGGAAGAUACCUGGUUUAGGAGGCUGGCUUAAAAGAUUUUGCAAAUUGUGGGCUAGAGCUUUCCCAUGAGGUCAUAGGAGCUUUAUAAUAUUGUAACCCAGCCCUGUGAUCCUCAGAUGAAGGGUAGUAUAGAAGUUUAAUAAGUAAUAAUUAUUGUACCCAAGGGCAGAUUUGUUUAGGAAGUUGUAUCUUAGCUUGGCAGCAAAUCCUAUGAUUUAGGAUACAUUUAGGAUAGCUACUGUGUAAGUCAGCCUUCAUCAUGUCUUAAUUUGGGAAUAGAUAAUAAUAGGGAAAGUGACUUUUUUUCAGCUUGUUCUACCCACAUCAUUUUUCAAUGUUCUUGCCUGCCAUGAUUUCUCAGCUCACCACUACUUCAAGAAAGCACUCUGUCAUUUUCUAAAGGCACUGGGAAUUUAUUCAAUUUAAACCUGAGUCUUAUUCCCUGCCAUAUCUACCUUCCUCCAGUUACCAUUCCCUCAAAUGCUCUUUUCCUAAAGAUGUUGGAUUAAGAGUCUUUCCCUAUGCCUAGAAAGGGAAAAGAGCUGUGAAGAGAAAACAUUUUAUGAGCAGUGUUUCCUUGGCAUUGAGACAUUAAGGAUUGCAGAAUGAGAAAUUGGGCGAAUGUGGUGUCUGCCACAGCAGAGGUUGAGUGCUAGUAUGGGAAGCUCUGAUAAGUAGUUUUUCAAAUCUUGGCUUUGCAAAUCUUAGCCUUAAAUGUUGUUCUGCCUUUUGGGAAGGAGGUGGAGGUGGAAUCUAAAGCAUGCAUAACACAACCAGAUUGAAAUUUGCAGCACAGAGCUUUCAACUGACCUUUUACCAUGAACUCUCCAAUAGUGCGAAGACAAGGCAGUCAGCUCUUGAAGGUCUUAAAAAUGCCCUGUCUUCAAAAAUACUGUACGAGUUCAUCCUGGAAAGGAGAAUGACGCUAACAGAUAGCAUCGAACGCUGUAUAAAGAAAGGUAAUGUGCAUCUCUUUUCCUAUAAAAUAGCAUUAUUCUGUUGUCAGGUUUAAUUGCUGUCGUAUUUAGUUCUACCAAGUCAUGACUGGCUUUCUGUGUUUAGGCAAGAGCGAUGAGCAGCGUGCAGCAGCAGGAUUGGCUUGUCUGCUUUGUGUGCAGCUGGGGUCAGGAAUUGAAAGUGAGGAAAUAUAUAAGACCCUUGCGCCGAUUCUGAAGAAGAUUCUCUGUGACGCGUCAGCAAGUGUACAAGCAAGGCAAGCUGUAAGUAAAAAGUUGGUACUUGGGAUGAAGAAGUGCAAGUGGAUGCCUUGUAUCCCAUAUUGCAGUGACGUGUGUGUGUUGGAACCUGAGGGCCUUAAAAUGUUUCCCUGGUCAAUUGGUGUCUUAUUCUUUGGCAGACUUGGCAUCAAGGCUUAUAACUUAGUCUUGAACCAUCAGGCAAUGCCUGUGUGUCACGCUUACUCUCCGUGGUAGGGUUGCUGGCGACAGUGCAUGGCAACCGUUUUGGGUCCAUGGAAACUUCCACAGGAUGGAGAGGCAGUUGUGGACACCACACACACACACACACACACACACACACACACACCUGCAACCAAGCGUACACUACAACCUCUUCUAAAACGUUUAUUUCAAGCUUGAUAUCGCCAGGGAGAAGGAGGCCUCUGUGGGUGUAGAUUUGCUUGCAAGCACCACAUUGGUGACCCUUGGUGCACAGUGAUAAAAACAGCAAUUGUAACUCAGAAUGUUUCUUGCAGGUUUGGUGGGUAAUGUCCCUUGGAAGUAUUAGAGCUAGCCAGGAAGGAAGGAGAGACCACUAGGGAGCUGGGAGUGGUGUUUUCCUGUAACAUGCUUCCUUAAACAUUGAGAUCUGGCCAAGACAGUGACAAAACCGUAAACAUUCCUUGUUUUUGUAUGAAACCACUUGCAAAGUGUGUGGCUGACUGAUCUGUUAAAGGAUGCUUUGUUGUCUUGUCUGAAGACAAGGACACAAGCAUGUUAUAUGAUUUAAACCACAGCCUCACUCAUUUUUUGUCUGUUCUGUGAGCACAAAAUGUAGCAGUAAAGUUAAAAGCAUUAACUUCUGUUUCUUUUUUUCUAGUGUGCCACCUGCUUAGGAGUCUGUUGCUUUAUUGCCACUGAUGAUAUCACAGUAAGCAAACGUUUUUAUGAACGGUAUUAUUUAGCAAUGAAUUAACCAGUCCAGAUCAAAUAGUGAAUUAAACUGUCUCGGUCUGUUUCUUAAACCAGGAAUUGUAUACAACCAUGGAAUGCCUGGAAAAUAUCUUCACAAAAUCCUAUCAGAACGAGAGGAAUUCAAAUAGCAUUUCCAGUACACAGAAUACAGUUCUGCACAUCAGCGCUCUCUUGGCAUGGACGCUUCUGUUAACCAUCUGCCCAAUGAAUGAAGUGAAGAAGAAACUUGAAAUGUGCGUAUUCUGUUCCCUUGGAAACCAUACCCAGAAGUGCAGUUUAAAUCAAAUAUGGCUUUGUGUGCAGUAACGCAGAUCAAUAACAUGCUCCCAAAUUUCCUAGGCAUUUGCAUAAAUUUCCCAUCCUGUUAUCCUGUGACGACGUCAACAUGAGGAUUGCUGCUGGGGAAACCUUGGCUCUUCUGUUUGAACUAGCAAGAGAAACAGAUGGGGUAAGUUCAGAGAAUGAUUCUGCAGGGAAAGAGAUGGGGAGAGCAUAUUUUUGUAAAUAGCUUCUAUGCUAUAUCUUGGGCGUUUCGUGUAUCUGAUGGAGAAAUAAUGGCUUUCUGCAUAUGAAUAACAUUUGAUCAUACAUAGGUCUUAUUAGAAUCUGGCUCAAAUGUAAUAUUUCAGUAGCAACUAAUCAAACACCUGCAAAAAUCAGGAUCAUAUUUCUGAGGAGUUGAAGUCAUUCUAUGUGUUAUGUCUUACCAUGUCCCUUGAGUGCGAUAGAUCGUGUGACCCUGCAGUGUUUUAAUUCAGUGUGUGAGAGAGGGAAGGAGGGGGAGAGAGAGAGAACACAUCACUCCCAUAAUCAUAAACUUACAUGAGAUGCCAGUUAUAUGGGAAAUUAUUUAUUUCUCCAAAUUUGUAGACUUUUCCCCAUAACAUGAUUAUCAUUCUAGUGUGGUUUCCACCAAUACAUAAAAAUACAAUGAGAAUUUUUUUUUACUCCAGUUAAUAAAAACAGAGCAACAGCAUGAGGCAGGACAACCUGCAAUGACUGCAAGUUUCUUUAAAUACCAAAAUCUUGAAUUGAACCUAGUAGCAUAUAGGCAGCGGAUACAAUAAGAUCAUCUUAGUUCAUUAUUGUUUCAGACUUCUGUAAUUUGCUUUAUCAUAUUUUAAAGUGGUUUUAUUAAUAUCUUUACUGUUUUCUUUAACAGUACUGAAGAAAAAAGUCUCAAGUUAACUAUGUACCUGUCUUGGUAAGGUACCUAUAAAAACCUCUAGGUGACCCAGGAUGGUAGAAAAAAGAAUAACUAGAUUCGUCAAGACAGCCAGUCCAUUGCACGAUAUCUAAAUAAACGUUCAAAACUUUAAGCUGUGAUUACAGCAUUUGACUUUGGUUAAUGGCAUCUGUUUGACCUCAUUAACAUUGGCUCCUACACACUGCCAAAAAACAAAUAAUCCUUCAGCCUACUCAUUGUUUCAGUGAUUGAGCUGUCACUAUUAAAUUUUUCCAUUCAUAGGAACAGCCAAUAAAGACAUUACAUAGGAUCAUGUGAUGAACAACUUGGGCAGACAGGUGUAGUCAGAUGAGAAGGAAACAUAAGAUAUUCAGUGUUGCUACUGAAACACACAUAUAAACAAUGUGGGAGGUAAAAGGUGGAAUCAAUAGCUGACUCAGUUUUAGUUGUCAUGAAUGGAGAGAGGAGACCUGUUAAACCAGAGUUAUGAAAUGCAGAACCAUUUCAGCAUCUACUCACAUGAAGCUACUCACAUCAGAGCAGUGAAAUGGUGGCUACAUUCCCAAACAAACCCCUAUUAAAAGACACUUUAUAACCUUAAUAAUAAUAAUAUAUUGAUUUCUCACACUUCACCAAAAGGUCCCAAGCUAGGUCGCAGCAACAAAACAAUUUAAAACAACGAAACCCAGCAUGCACAAUAAUCAUCAGGUUAAUUUACAGUUUCCAGUUAGGACAAAGAAUAAUCUCCCCUUUCUAAAUUUCAGGGUGAUGGAUAGAAGAAGCAAAUGUAGACUUCAGAAGACAUUUUGCCCUUAAAGGGAGGGCUAUUUUAUCCUACAACCUCUCAGAACACCUAGCUUUUAGUAUUGUUAUAACUUGAUCUCUCCAUUUAAUGAAGAUUUGUUUGACAGUUGAGCCAUUCUCAGUGAAAUGUGAAAUACAGUUUGCAAAAUAUUCAACAAGUUCAAUUCCCACAAAUAACAUGUUAUUCCCCCCUCCCCGUCUGACUAGGAUUUCUUUUAUGAAGAUAUGGAGCUUCUAACACAGAAACUGAAGGCUCUAGCUACAGAUGGGAACAAGCACCGUGCCAAAGUGGACAAAAGGAAACAGCGGUCUGUCUUCAGAGAUGUCUUGCGGGCUGUAGAGGUAAAGAGGAAUGAGCAAAUGUAAAAAAGUGUAUAAAACGUUACUGGUUAAGACUUCAUCAUUGAAAAGCAAGUGCUUUGAAAAGCGUGUUCUUUUUAGUAUAUGGGACGUUGUUCAGUUCUAAGAUACGCCUAUUGAAUAUAUUGUACCUGAUCUCAUUUGUUUUAUUUUUAGUACUAAUGACGGCAUCCAUGGAGGCCACUUUUGCUUAGUGAAUAUCAUUUUGGGGAGGGGUGCUUUUGAAACUUCAGGUUUUUCACUAGAGAUACUGGCUUUGUCUAAAGAGCAAACUGCUGUCAGAGGACUAACCUGUAGUCAAAGGUGAAUCUUGAGUCAUGAAUAAUUCCUGAAUUGCUUUCAUUAAAGGGGGAUGGGGACCCAGUACAUUGAGAUAGCAACUAGGUCCAAAAAUUGUGUUUCACAGGAUUUGUUUUUAAUUCUUAUAUUUUAAUCUGAUGUUUAUAAUGAGAGCAAAUUAUCGAGAAUCCAAGGCCUGCAACAGUAUUUGGGAGGCAUACAUUGGAGUCUGGCUCAGCUACCUCCACUUGAGAAUAAGUCAUGAAAUUAGCAUGAUUUUUACAAAUAGAGUCAAGCAAUGUACUGUCUUAGUUUGCAGCGGCAGCUAGGGUGCAUUCAGCUGUAAGUUGCAUUUCUAAAACCACACUUUCCUGAGAUUGACUGCUUGUUUAUUUUGACAGGAGCAUGACUUCCCUACAGAGACAGUCAAAUUUGGACCUGAACGCAUGUACAUUGACUGCUGGGUUAAAAAACAAACAUACGAUACUUUCAAGGAAAUCUUAGGAUCGGGGAUACAAUACCAUUUGCAGGUAAACUUAAAAACUUUCAGUAGAAUGGCAGUGGUACUUAGUGCUUUUUAAAGUACUUUAAAAACACAAACUGGGGUAAGAGAACAGGAAAUUGCUUUAUGGUGCUACCUCAUCUCUACUUGAGUAGGACCCUCCUAGAUUUUUAGCCAUGGAAAGAAAACAAAAAUGAUACUACAAUCACAUUUAGCAGCUCUUGAUAGCCGAUAUGUCACAAGCAAUGGUUGAACACUUGAAGGUGCAACAUUUGCUCAAUUCUAAUGACUUAAUGUUCUAUCCAGUCCAAUGAGCUUCUCCGGAAUGUCUUUGAACUCGGGCCGCCACUGAUGCUUGAUGAGGCAACACUUAAAUCCAUGAAGAUUCCCCGUUUUGAAAGGGUAUGUUACUCACAUUCUGUUAAGCUGAUUUACUUGGUUUGGUUUGGUUUUUAAAUUUGGUGCAGUUUCUGCCUUGUGAUUUUGCCACUUGCCCUGAGGCGCACAGGAAUUAGUUUCCUGACAAAAGCAUCUAACUCAGGGUUUCCCAGACGAAUCUCCAGCUGUUUUUGGACUACAACUCCCAUCAUCCCUAGCUAGCCAGGACCCCAGUGGUCAGGGAUGGUGGAAACUGUAGUCCAACUGGAGACCCAAUUUUGGGAAACCCUGAUCUAACUGAAACAGUCUUGCUUGGUCUUUUUCUACCUUCAGAGAGCUUUCAGUAGCACAACCUGAGCAUGUGGCUCAGCACUGCCUCAUCCUGGGCUUGGGGUUUCUCCGUCAUGGCAGACAUUGUAAUUUGGUGAAAAGAAGAGGGGAAAGCAGUACAGAUAGAGUUGGAGUAGGUGUCCCCCACCCCCAAAUAAAUUCCCCAAAUAUGCAGAGCUGUACUACUAAAAAGCCUUUGCUUUUUGACUUUGUUGAUAGAAAUAACUUUAAAGAACUUGAUCUGUUCCAUCUUGACUGUUUGGGCCAACAGCCUACUCUUUCAGAAGGUGUUACAGCCCUCUAGUCUGUUAGAGAAGCUGGUGGUUUCACAGUUGUAGAUAGCAACUGUGAAUGGCUUUCUGUAUUUGCAUGUACAGGUGGCAUAACAGAGAACCGGGGUGAUGGCAGAGAUAAAUUCAACAGGCCGGAGAAGAGAUGAUCCUAAGUAUAUAUAGACCAUAUUAUUGAGGGCUCUCUGCUCGUGCACUUCAGCCACCCACGCACCUGAAACAUACACCUUCCGAUUGUGUAUUAAAGCGUUCAUUUCUAGUUAACCUUAUGGCUAAGGAAAGCACUAUAUUGCAACUUACCAAAUUUAUAAAGUUCAUAGGUUUAAAUAGUUCUUUUUAAAAAGUGGUCAGUGUAAAAAUAAACAGCAGUCUGUCCCCAGAAUCAUAAAAUAGCACAUGGCGGAGGGACCCGCAAAAAUAAAUGCUGUCUUGCGUUGUGGGACCUCUGCUCCACAGGGCUUCCUCCCAGUUUGUCCCUACCCUGAAGUAGCAUUUAGGGUUUUUAAAAGCCUUAGCGCCAAUGGAAGCUUUUAAAAAGCCUAAAUGCCAUGUGGGGCCUUGAAGCUGGAAUGAGAAGGGUUACCCUCCCUCGAGAAGGGUCUCACCAGGAGGGGGGGAAAUUACUUCAGUUGUUGUGAUAUAAUUUAUAGACAUUCACAUGGGGACUUCAUUUAUGUGGUCAGCUUUGACUCCACAUAAGUGUCCCUUUGCAAGCAGAGCAUCUCUGAACUGCCAUCUUUUGGCAACUCCAUUUCUCUGCAGGGGUGUCCUUUAGGAACAUUUUGCAGAGACUUUUACUGAGUAUGUAAACCUUCCCUUAGAAUUCCAUUUAUCUCGAUACACAGCUUGUGUGCACAGCCUUCAUAAUGGGCUGUUGGGGAGUGGUGGCAGCUGCUGGCAACAGUUACUAUGCAUAUCUGCUUUCACGGUGACCGGGAUAUCAGUGUUACGAUUAGCUCUCUUACCAGGUUCUGUAUGGUAGAAAAUCAGAACGGAAACAGAUAAUAAAUCUGAGAAGCCCAACUGUGUUGGCAUGGUUGCUUAGCAAUCAUAAGGAUUGCAGAAUUUUCUUCCAGCCGUGCGAUAUCUUGGGCAGCAAUUGCAUCAACAAAGUAUUGUGGUUGUAAUUUUAAUUUUUAAUGCUAAGACUACCACUUGAAAUAUUUAGAACUCAGUGAUGCAGAACUAUGUAAAGGUCAGCUGGCAGUGUACAAGAUUUAACAAAUCUUUCUCAUUUUUGCACAUUGACUGUUGUCAAAUACACGGGUGUGUCUGUGCAAAAUGAAUGCAUAACCCCAAAACGUUGUCAGAAGGAAUGUUAACACCGAUUGCAUUUCUCUGCUGUUUUUAUAGCAUUUGUACAACUCUGCAGCGUUCAAAGCCCGGACGAAGGCUCGAAACAAGUGCCGUGAUAAAAGGGCCGAUGUGGGCGAAGUGUUCUAGAGCAAGCUCUUCUGAAGACCUUCGACUUCGUUCGGUUAAAUUGAAUUUCUGUUUAGUGUGAUUAAUUGUGGUGUUCAAAGUGAAAUGAGACUUUUAAAAACUCCAUGUAUCUCUUAGAUAUCUUCUUGCCCAUCUGUAGAACAAUGUUGUAUAUUAGCUCCCUAGAUGGAUCUGUAUUGUAGAUUAGAAUGUAAUCUGAUGAGGGAGAGAGAGGCGGCUUUUGUAGCACUUUAUUGGUGAGUAAGAUAGCUCGUGAAUCUGGCAUAAUUCUUAACACUUGGUUAAUUGGUGCUGAGGGUUGCUUUGUUUCAAGGUUCAUUGUUUUUAGCAAUCUAAUAAGAUGGGGGGAAUUCUAAUAAGAAUAUCUGUAGGGUUAAGCAUGCCUCUGAACAAGCUAUUUUAUAGACCCGUGUUUUAAAAUGAAACAUCCCAGCUGUGGCAGUGACCUUGGUGUACUCGCCAUGGACCCCUCUAGCUUGGCUUACAGCCUUUACACUGAAGUAGCACAUGAAAUCUUUCAAGAAAUGUUACGCAUCAUAUGCUGAAACUUGGAUAAUAAAAGCUAUUUAUAUCUGAAAGCUGCUUUUCCUCAAAGCGUCUGUCUGAAAUGAAAUUGUGUGAAAGAGUGUUGCAUGGAAAUUAUAUACCGGCAAUAAAAGGGUUACAACUGUUUAAACC